UCAUACUCAUGUUGUUUCAUGUCAAAUGACGACGGUAAGCUGCCACACGUUACUGCUUAUUAGACAGAGAAAAAAACAUGGUACAAACUAAUUUUCAUAUGAUAUCUGAAUUACAAAGUCUGCAAGAAAGAAUUUCUGACAUGGAAUCUUAUAUAUUUGGAGAUAUUAAAAUUUCUGUAAUAUCUCCAACAUUAAUAGAUAAUAUAAUAAAUAUCAAUAAACAAAUUGCUCAAAUAGUUAACAAUAAAAAUAUAAUAUUGUUCUUAGAACAAUUAUCCAAAAAAGCCUGUAUAUUAUCAAAUCAUCCACAGAUAGAAACAUUGCAAUUAAAAUAUGAUUUGAUUUUUUCAGGGGAAAAACAAAUAGAAAUUAAUACCUCAUUACUGAAAAAAAUUGCACAUCAUAAUAGAAAAAUGUAUCAAGACAAUUUUAAUACUAUUAAUGCAUCUUCGGAAAAAAUUAGGUCCCUUAUAUUAUGCAAUAGUGUACAAUAUAAUCUGCUCCAAAAUCAAAAUAAUAUCUUACAAUCAUUUAUGUUAGAAUAUUAUAAAAUGAUCAAUUUAAUAUCUGGAAUGUUUAUUGUGUGGGAUAAAAUAAUUAGAAAGUUAGAACAACAAAUAUCCAAUGACUUUUGAUUUUUUAAAGUUUUAAUUUAUCAAACAUAAAGUGCAAG